GCGUGGGCGGAGCCUUUCUCCUUGUUGGCCAGCGAGUUGCGUUCGCCGCUGCUGAUUGGCUACAGAGGUAAAAUUGCGCUCCUCGCAGGUCAGGUCUCCCUUCCAACCGCCCCCCCAAAGUCUCCUGCAUGUCGGUCCCUCCCUCCCUCUCCCCACACUCGCAGCCGGCUUCCCUGCACCAGCUGAAACGCUUGCACGUUUGUUUACUACGCCUUGAAAUGUGACAAACACUGUGGCUGGCGAUCUGCUGGAAUUAGCCGCUGUCUGCAAGCGAAGGAUUCCUUGAAGGCGGACGGGCGUGUUGGCAAUUUGGCUGGACAAGCUGUGGCGAGUCAACAUUUUGCCAUGAGAGUGGAUUUGUUUGCGCUCUUCGGCGUGAUGCUCAUCACUUGUUCAGCAAUGGAAGAAACUCUGAUGGACACUCGAGUGGCCACAGCAGAACUGGGCUGGACGGCGUAUCCUAACUCUGGGUGGGAGGAGGUGAGCGGCUACGACGAGAACCUUAACACCAUCAGGACGUACCAGGUGUGUAACGUCUUUGAGCCCAGUCAGAACAACUGGCUCCUCACCACCUUCAUCGAUCGGAGGGGAGCGCAGCGCAUCUACGUAGAGAUCCGCUUCACGGUGCGCGACUGCAGCUCCAUCCCCAACGUUCCCGGCUCCUGCAAAGAGACGUUCAACCUUUACUACUAUGAGUCGGACGCCGUCAUUGCCACCAAAGGAAGCGCAUUCUGGAUGGAGGCGCCCUACCUCAAGGUAGACACCAUAGCUGCCGAUGAGAGCUUCUCGCAGGUGGACUUCGGAGGGCGGCUCAUGAAGGUCAACACGGAAGUCCGCAGCUUCGGGCCGCUCUCCAAGACCGGCUUCUAUUUGGCCUUCCAGGAUUACGGUGCCUGCAUGUCUUUGCUGUCAGUCAGGGUGUUUUAUAAGAAGUGCCCGAGCGUGGUCCAGAACUUUGCCGUCUUUCCGGAGACCAUGACCGGCGCCGAAAGCACCUCCUUGGUUAUCGCCAGGGGGAUUUGCAUCUCCAACUCGGAGGAAGUGGAUGUUCCCAUAAAGCUGUAUUGUAACGGCGACGGAGAAUGGAUGGUUCCGAUCGGCAGCUGCACUUGCAAGGCGGGCUUUGAACCGGACAAUGGCAACGUGUGCCGAGCAUGCCCGCCGGGUACUUUCAAGUCCACGCAGGGCCCCGGUUUGUGUCUUCAGUGCCCUCCCAACAGUCGCUCCACUGCUGAGGCCGCCACCAUCUGUGUCUGUCGCAACGGUUACUAUCGUGGCGAUGCUGAUCAGCCAGACCAACCCUGCACUAGUGUCCCAUCCAGCCCAAGGAACGUCAUAUCCAUCGUCAACGAGACCUCCGUGAUCCUGGAGUGGCAUUCUCCCAGAGAGACGGGCGGCCGGGGCGACGUGGUUUACAACAUCUUGUGCAAAAAGUGCCAAGCCGUCCUGCGCGCCUGCUCCCACUGUGACGACAAUGUGGAAUUUGUUCCUCGUCAGCUGGGUCUGACCGAGACCAGGGUGUUCAUCAGCAACCUGCUGGCGCACACGUUGUACACUUUUGAGAUUCAGGCGGUCAACGGCGUCAGCAAUAAGAGUCCCUACCCGUCGCAGCACGUGUCCAUAGACAUCACCACCAACCAGGCUGCGCCCUCCAUUGUUCCCAUCAUGCAUCAGAUCAGCUCCACCAUGAAUAGCUUCACAUUGUCGUGGCCGCAACCGGAACAGCCCAACGGUAUCAUUCUGGACUAUGAGCUACGUUACCAUGAGAAGGACCACGCAGAGAUUAACUCCACCAUCCUGCGGAGCCCAACUAACACGGCACGAGUGGAUGCCCUGCGUUCGGGCACCGUAUACGUUGUACAGGUGCGGGCACGGACCGUUGCUGGUUUUGGCAAAUACAGCAGCAAGAUGUGCUUUCAAACCCUCACAGAUGAUGACUUCAAAUCGGAGCUGAGGGAGCAACUUCCUCUCAUUGCCGGGUCAGCUGCCGCAGGAGUGGUCUUCGUCGUUUCGCUGGUCGCCAUCUCCAUCGUCUGCAGCAGAUGGGUUAGGAAAAGGGUCUACACCAAGGAGGCGGUCUACAGUGACAAGCUGCAACAUUACAGCACAGGAAGAGAACUCUCUUUGCGAGCCGACAUGUCUAACUGCCCCUCGCCACUGGGCUGCCCGACCCACUUCUCAGGCUCCCCAGGGAUGAAGAUCUACAUCGACCCCUUCACGUACGAAGACCCCAACGAAGCCGUGCACGAGUUCGCCAAGGAGAUUGAUGUCUCGACGGUUAAAAUCGAGGAGGUCAUUGGCGCAGGUGAAUUUGGUGAAGUAUACAAGGGGCGCCUGAAGCUGCCCAAUAAGAGGGAGAUCUUUGUAGCCAUCAAGACCUUGAAGGCGGGCUACGUGGAGAAGCAGAGGCGGGACUUCUUGUCCGAGGCGUCCAUCAUGGGUCAGUUUGACCACCCCAACAUCAUCCGCCUGGAGGGAGUCGUCACUAAAAGCCGACCCGUCAUGAUUGUCACGGAGUUUAUGGAGAACGGGGCCCUCGACUCCUUCCUCCGGCAAAACGACGGUCAGUUCACAGUGAUCCAGUUGGUGGGAAUGAUGCGCGGGAUCUCGGCCGGCAUGAAAUACCUCUCCGAGAUGAACUACGUGCACCGAGACUUGGCCGCACGCAACAUUCUAGUCAACAGCAACCUGGUGUGCAAAGUGUCGGACUUCGGCCUGUCGCGCUACCUGCAGGAAGACACCUCUGAUCCCAGCUACACCAGCUCGUUGGGUGGAAAGAUCCCUGUGAGGUGGACUGCGCCGGAGGCCAUCGCAUACAGGAAGUUCACGUCCGCCAGCGACGUGUGGAGCUACGGCAUUGUCAUGUGGGAAGUGAUGUCAUUUGGUGAGAGGCCCUACUGGGACAUGUCCAAUCAGGAUGUGAUUAAUGCCAUCGAGCAGGACUACCGUCUUCCGCCGCCUAUGGACUGCCCAAGCGCCCUGCACCAGCUCAUGCUGGACUGUUGGCAGAAGGACCGCAACGUCCGGCCGCGCUUCGCAGACAUCGUCAGCACUCUGGACAAAAUGAUCCGUAACCCCACCAGCCUCAAAGCCGUCGCCAACAUCCCUGCAGUGCCUUCUCAGCCACUGUUGGACAGAUCCAUACCCGACUUCAACACCUUUAGCUCGGUAGAAGACUGGCUCAGUGCCAUCAAGAUGAGCCAAUACAGAGACAACUUCCUCAACUCAGGCUUCACCUCCCUGCAGCUGGUGGCUCAAAUGACCUCGGAGGACUUGCUGCGAAUCGGCGUGACCUUAGCCGGACAUCAAAAGAAGAUCCUCAGUAACAUUCAGUCCAUGAGGGUUCAGAUGAGACAAUCACCCACCGCUAUGGCAUGACUACAGGGGGCGCCGUGGCACGGAGCGGGCAGCGUUCGGAGGAGCACCAUCAGCCAGAGCCCUCCAAUGACCCCCAAUCCGUCGGAACGCGCCAGGGUCGAGACUGUCGUCUUAAUCUGAUCCGCACAAGGAGACCAGGGUCUACACUUCCACACUUGGAAAAUCCACACAGAGGAGUUCAGGGUCCACGCUUGACACUCAAGGAAGCCCAAGUUGUGCUUUUGACCGACCGGCCGGCCGGCCGGCCGACCGCACCAGGAAUUCCUAGUCCGAAUGGCUUGUUUGAUCUCGCUCAUCUGGACUCUUAGAAACAACAUGGGAUUCUAAUUUGUAUUUUUUCAACUCGUGUGCAAUGAAGAUGCCUUGACCUGGCCAGACUUCAGCGAAAGAAAAAUGAAAGUAAUCAGCAGGAGUUGUUACAGGGAUGUACAGUAGAAGCACUGGCGUCAUCUUUUAGCUUACAUUUUUCCUCUUUUGACCUCCGUAGCAAGAUAGCGCACUCUUGCUUUUAACACUACCUGUAGACUCGUGGGUGGCUUGGAGCCCUUGCCCGCGCUCAGAUCAUAUAAAUAUGUUUAUCACUCGCUGAAUAUGAUUAUAUCGUUCAUAAUAGACCUUCAUAUUGAAGGUGAUGCUCAUGAAUGUGUAUGUACAGGAUUCUCUGCUUGCAUUUUUGGCAACGACUGCUUGGACACAUGCAAUGUGUAGCUUCCCAUCAUCCCUUUUUAUGGACGGACUUUGGGAUUGGACAUCUUUUAGCUCCAGGGUCACAACUUGACUCUACGUGAUGGAUAUGUUUUAAAAAAAAAAAAAAACAAGUGAAGUAUUGGUAUUGUAGAGCGACAUGAAAAUUGCUGUGUAGGAGUUCCAAAAAAAAACAAAAAAAAAACAUUUUAUUGGAGAUCAUGUUUAAUGUGGGUGUGCACAUGCUGUCUCUCGCUGGUGAGCACUUGUACAGGUUUUUCUCUUUAUCCCUGGUGUUUGUUAGAAGUGCACCUGUCCACAACGCAGGAAGGAGGGAUGGCACCUCCUUGUUUUGGCCGCCCCCCACAUUCAUGGUGAGUGCCUGACAAUAUAUUAUUAUGAAGCUUCUAGUCUACAUUAGAGAGUGAAGGUUUUGCUGAGCGUGUCUCCAAAUGCUGCUUAAGGUUGGCAUAAAUACCUGCAGUGGGAUCCCAUUAGAAUGCAUUAGCACUCCAAUUGGGCUCAGUCUCAUCUGUUUGCUUUUGGAGACACGAGAGCCUGUGAAUGAGAUGAGUUUGAUUAUGCAAACACUAUAAUUCUAUUUUUGCCGCAUCCUCUGUCUCUGUCAGUAUCAAACUGUAAAUGGCAUUCGGUCGGUCGGUCGGUCUGUCGGUCGGGGCUGAUAAAUGCAGAGGCGGGGUCGCCGUCCCGCUCUGAAGCACCCUUCCAUACGGAGACCGUUGAGAGCUCGGUCUUGUUUUUUUUUGUUUUUUGGAUGAGGCCGUAAAGUGUUAGAAAGUGACCCUCUUUGUUGCUGAUUUCCCGCUUGUCUGAAAUGACAGAGACAAGGUUGACCUGAAUCGCACCCUCAAAUGGAGCUUUCUCCUUUUGUUUCUCCUCCAGACUCCAUAGAGCACAGGUGUCAAACUCAAGGCCCGGGGGCCAGAUACGGCCCGCCACAUCAUUUUAUGUGGCCCGCGAAGACAAAUUGUGCAUCAAAUUCGCGUCAUUACUAGAAUUGCAAAUUGUCUUCAUUUUUAGUAAUAUUUUUUUUUUUUAAUAUUUGACCAGUUAUUAUUCGUCUGAUUUGAAAGAGUUAUUUGUCAGUUUGUUUUGUAGCUUUUACUGUAUAUAAUAUGACAUUUAUUUGGGUUGACAGUCAUAAUGGCCCUCCGAAAGAAGCUAUGACUACGAUGCGGCCCGCGAAAAAAAUGAGUUUGACACCCCUGCCGUAGAGGCUUGCUACAUUUGCCGUUGUAGAUGAUUGCCAGAAAACCAAUCCCAACCUCACACCAUGCUCCGGUACGCAGUGGAUGAGCCCGUCCACAUUUGUUUAUUUGUGUAUGCGAGGAUGAGCGUGUGUUUUCGUGCGUGCGUGCGUGUGUGCCUGAUUCUGUACAGACAUUUAUACAGGCACAGGUACAUAGGAUAGGAUGCAUGGGGCGUCUCUCUUUAUUGGUUGGUUUCUGUAUAACUGCCACUUGUAAAUUGUACACGUAAAAGUACACGUCCAAGAGUUUGUAAGCUGUAACUUUCUGAAAAGCGUUGUACGAACAUGCACAUAAUAAACGCCUUGACAAAACAA